GCUGGGCAGAGAAGGUCUCAGGCUGGGGGUCCUGACGACUUUCCAGAUCUCCCUCCUGAGCAGCAAUGGGGGUGGGUCGGAUCCUGGGGGCUGGGAGCCGCUGGGCUGGGGCUCUGCUAGUGACACUGACGGUGCUGAGAACCCACCUGACUCAUUGCACGGAGCCCCCAGCGGAGAACAUGCUCUCCCAGGUGGCCUUCUACCAGCGCACAGACCCAACCCAGCGGGAGGCUGGGGAGUUCAUGUUUGAGUUCGACCAGGAUGAGAUCUUCCACGUGGACCUGGAGAGGAAGGAGACCGUCUGGCGCCUGCCUGACUUCGGCAAGUUCACCAGCUUCGAGGCGCAGGGCGCCCUGGGCAACAUCGCCGUGCUGAAGAAGAACAUGGAGAUCAUGAUCCAGAGGUCCAACCGCACACGGGCCCGGAACG